UGGUGUCCAUGUGAGUUCUUUCAUCAUGGGACAAUUUGACGGGACAAAGAGCUCUUUUUGAAUUGCCACAUUUGCAGGAAUGAUUUCUUGUCGACUCGGAGAGUGUACGAGGAACUAUUGGGCCGAUGAUGGCGGACAAAAGCGUCGGUCAUGGUCCAGGCACGCAGAGAGUGGUGCUGACAAUCACAAGCGAAAGCGAGUUGGGCUUAAUGCGCAUGUCGCCCGCACCCCACGCGAUGGAGGAGCAGAGAAGCACUUCCAUCGGACCAACAUUCCGUGAAGGCCUAGCAGAGCACCAGCCAAGAUCAGAAUAUCGAUUCGUCUGAGCCAAGACAGCGGAACAACCGCAAAACUCGAGUAACAGGUUGUGCCUUACUCUUCACUCGUCGUUCAGUGCUCCGGCCACGCGCAGGAAGACGUCGCGUGGGAUACCGCACAUGCAACCCGGGACACCACAGACAAAUUGCUGUCCAAGCGUGACACUACGUCGUGUGCUCCCUCUCCGGCUUUGAUGCACAGAGUUGUUGUCAUCAGCGCAUUCUCGCGCUCGAGGCGUCUUCGUUAUGGGUGUUGGUGGAUCGCUUCGUUGCGACAAGCUCGACUGUGGCUCCUGCUCUUGUUGAGAGGCUUGCUGACGCUGUUCAUACCGAGCCGCGUUGAGCUUGACGGAAGCGUUCUCGAUCUGUCGCUUGAGCACAUGCAGCUCGCGAGUGUACUGUGUGCAGUUAUCUUGAGCCUGCCUAGCCUCCUUCAACAGAUCCGUGACUUCUUGCAACUCAAUCUCCAAAGCCUUCACAGCAUUAUCUUGCUUUGCCACACAAGCUCGAGCAUGAUCGCGCUGCUGGAUGGCACUGGCAAGUCGCUGAGCAUACAGUUGUCGACGCUGGCUUCGCUGCUCCAGCACCUCUCGAGAUCUGGCGAGCAAAGUCAACAACUCAGUGGCAUCUUGGCUUUUAGCAGCCUUCUGUCGCUCCAGAUCUUCGCUGAUAGCUCGCUGUUCCGCUUGACGAGCUUGUGCUUGAGUCUGUAACGCAAGAAGUCUGCUCCGCCUCGCUUGAGUGAUGUUGAAGUCACAACAGUGCCGAAUCCACGCGCUCAACGCUCGGGUAAGCGCGUGUCGGCGCCAAUACUGGAGCUUUUCAUCCGCUACCAUCAAGCCGCGCUGCGGUUGAGACUGCGAACGAGCAUCGGAAGGCAACUUGAAGGUACACUUAUGCACCUCGGCAGUGUGAUGGACACAAUGGAGACCAUGGCACCAUCCGUCUACAGAUAUCAUACUUGAAGUAUCUGUUGAGCUCUGUAGGCUGUUGAGGUCGUGCGGUUGGAGUGGGCCAGCAGAUACCCAACACCCGACGAACAGUGCACCAAACGCGUAAAGCCCCACUCCAUGGCAUGCUGUGGGCGUGCUCCCACCACCGACGGUGCCUUCAUAACGCAGUGUGGGACUGUAGCGCGUGCCGUAGUGUACUUGUGUCCCGUUGUGCCAUUGCCCGCAGUACGUGUGGCCUGUCGCAGUUGUGAGCACGCCUCGUCCGUGAGGUCGCCAUUCCUUCUGCUGCGGUGCAUCAAACGCUUGAACUUGGCCGCGGUAGAUUCCUUCGGCAAAGUCAACUACCUGGUACUCGACGGUCUCAUUAUCUGUGUUGUCUGCGGUUGCCGUCACCGUCGCAGCAUUUCCUUCUUCGACGUCGUCUUGUUCCUCCUCUAGCGUUUGUCGGAGUUGUGUGAGCUCUAGGCGGAGAGCGGCAAGUUCUAGGCUGGAAGUAACCUCUGGAACUUCCGCCUUCUCUGCCGAAGGCGUUGUAGGCGAGAUUGCGCCCUGGCUACAGUUCGAUGCGCCCGGUUGAAUUGGCUCCGCAGCAUCUGCGCUGGAAUGUCCGUCCACGAGCUUCAACUCGCCACGAGUUCGUCCUUCCGCAGAUCCUGUGCCUCCAGUUGCAGUUGCAGGUGCCAAGGACUGGUCCUCGCCGCUCAUUUCUGACGUAGAUUCGCCGUGAGCUUGCAGUGCAUCAGCGUCAUCUCCAUCUGCCAUUUGAACUGACUGAUGUCCGCCCGCCCCGUCCAAGCGGCGUGCGACGGCUUGUUAUUUUAGCAGCUAAACUUUAGCCUUGCCAUGCCUCCUCGCAUGAUUUUGCUGGCGCUGAUACCAAGCAGAGCCAAUUGGAGCCGCUCGAGGCAUUGCGCAAAGCUUAACACGUGGUUGAAGCGCGUGCAAAUUCAAGCGAAGUUCAACCUGCCGUUAAGCAGCUCGAGUGAUUGUGAGGUGGGGCCUGGAGGCUUCGUCAUGUUGCGAUUAGCGAAGGUAUCUCUUGCAGUGGCUACAACCUGCGUGAAAUUGUCAUCGAGAUCUCCCAAUACGCUCCUGUGUGAAGGACCAUUGCCACCUAGACUGACAUCAGACGCCAGCCAAAGGCCCACGGCGGGCGGACUUGGUUGGAGGAAGUUGAAUCCAGUGCCUUUGCCGGAUGUGCUGCACAGCUUUUCGUGUUCAAGUGUACAGACAUAAUUUCCGGUGCAACUUCGGGUCUGUCUCUGGUGAUGCACAAGGUUUUUGACACAGUUUGUUUAAAAGUGCACACCUAGUCGCUUGCCACGUCACAGGUGCAACGCGAUUUGGCCGGAGACCGCCGAGCUUGCACUUGUGUGUGGACGAGCGAGCGGAUACGCCGUACGCUUCCGAUCCGCUUGCGCCGCUCGCAGAACUCAGGACCAGUUUUCAUUCCUCAUUCCGCUCCGUCCGUGACAAGCGCCUGCCCCCGUCCAAGCAGAAGGAAGCCUCGCUCAGAUGAUGCAAGUUUCCCAGUUCCGAGCGCUGCGCCGCGCGCAGUCGACCAUGCACAGCCGUCCGCUCCAGACGUCGCUGGCCCGGGCCUUCUCGGCGCAGAGCGACGCGGACGUGGAGGUCUGCGAGAAGGAGCUGCUGCAGUCCCUUGACAAAUUCCAGAAGGAGGCCGCCGGCAACGCCGUGCCCUGGUUCCUCGAGAACAUGCCGCCGUCGUACUUCCGCUCCAUCCACGAGGAGGACCGCCUGCAGCACCUGAACGCCAUCACGGCUCUGGUGGGCGCCGAGCAGCCGGAGGUUCUCCUGCGCUCGCCCGACCAGAAGGUCUUCUCGCACUUCCGUUCGGGUGCCAACUUCCCCGGACGUCUGGCCAACGUGCUGGACCAGCUCCCUCAGACGGUGGACGGUGCUCCACUGGCCCGUGUCAAGAUCUUCACAGCGCUGGACGACUCGCUCGGCCUCGACAUCUUCCGCUUCGGACAGCAGGAGCCCUUCCUGAACAAGACGGAGGACGAGAAGCUCGCUCGCGCCACCAUCCAGCAGUUCUGCGCCGACAUCCAGGCCGGCAAGCACGCCGGCGACGAGGCGUACCCCGCCGCGGGCCCGCACUUCGAGCCCGAGGCCGUGGACGCCUUCCUGAACAGCAGCAACUCCAUGUACGUGCAGUUCAGUCACCCGCGUCGUCUCGCCAAGCAGAUGGAGCUGUUCCACCGCGUCAAGGGCACCGAGGGUGUCGUCGUGGACGUGGAGCACAACUGGGAGUCCCGCACCAAGGAGAACAAGUACGCUACCAGCGCCCCGCAGACCAUGCUGACCAUCGCUGCGUCCAACGUCCUCCCCAAGGGCUUCAUGCAGAAGGCCGCCACCUACCUGGGUCUGUGCAACCUCAACGUCGUCCGUGCCCACCUGGACGUGGUCAACAGCGGUGACAACGACCACGUGGCCAUGGUCCGUAUCCUGGUGCAGCCCAGUGAGCAGGCUCUGAAGGACAACUUCGAGUUCGAGUGGUCCAAGAUCUCGGGCAACCUCAAGUACCUCAAGUGGGUGGACGACCGACCGGUGAACCUCACGCUGCAGCACCCGGACCUGGGUAUCUCGCGCGCUGAGCUCAUCUACGCCUACGGCAACAUGAUGCACGGUGUUCUGGCCAAGAAGGACCCGUUCGCGUACUCGCUGACGCGCAUCAUGGAGACGCUCGAGCACGAGCAGCACCUGCCGUUCGCUUCGCGCAUCUCGGACUUCUUCCUCACCAAGUUCGACCCCCAGCAGAAGCAGAUGACUGACGCCGAGCAGGACGCUAUUGUCGAUGAGAUCAAGGCCGACAUCCGUCGCAACGUGGAGCAGGAGGACGCCAUCGAGUUGCUCAACACUAUGGCCGAUGCCGUUCGCGGCACGCUUCGUACCAACAAGUUCGUGCGUGAACGCUACGCUCUGUCGCUCCGCAUGGACCCCAAGGUCUUGGGCUACGGCACAGUGGGCAAGGACACGCCGUUCGGUGUCUUCUUCAUCUACGGCCGUCGCUUCAAGGGCUUCCACGUGCGUUUCCGUGACAUUGCUCGCGGUGGUCUCCGUAUGGUGUACCCCAGCUCCACGGACGCCCACGCGCUGGAGAGCGCUCGUCAGUACAACGAGGCGUACAACCUGGCUUUCGCUCAGCAGCUUAAGAACAAGGACAUCCCGGAGGGUGGCUCCAAGGCCGUGGUGCUUUGCGACCCCAUCGUCGGACCCGUUGGUGACAUGGCUCCGCGUGACUUCAUCAUUCGCAAGAGUGUCAAGGCCUUCUCGGACGCUCUGCUUGACCUGAACACCACGGACGAGGCUGUGAAGGAGAAGAUCGUCGACUACUACGGCCAGGACGAGCUCAUCUACCUGGGCCCCGAUGAGAACAUCAUCCCUGAGGACAUUGUCUGGAUGACUAACCGUGCUGCAUACCGUGGCUACCCGGUGCCGCGCGCCUUCAUCAGUUCCAAGCCUGACGCUGGCUUCAACCACAAGGUGUACGGUGUUACCAGUGAGGGUGUCGCUGUCUUCGCCGAUGUGGCUCUGCGCUCGCAGAACAUCGACCCCACCAAGCAGCCGUUCACGGUCAAGAUCACCGGCGGAACGGACGGUGAUGUGGCCGGCAACGUCAUCAAGAUCCUGCACCGCGAGUACGGCACCAACCUGCGCGUGGUCGGCAUUUGCGACGGCACGGGCGUGAUCGAGGACCCUCAGGGUCUGGACAUGGGCGAGCUGCUGCGUCUUGUGGACGAGUCGCUGCCUCUGUCGAGCUUCGAUGACUCCAAGAUCGCGUCUGCUACCGGUGUCAAGCACGACAUCAGCACGGCCGAGGGCAUUCGCGCCCGUAACACGAUGCACAACCGCGUCAAGAGCGACCUGUUCAUCCCCGCUGGUGGCCGCCCCAACACCAUCAACGAGAACAACUGGCAGGACUACCUUGACGCCGAUGGCAAGCCGUCGUCGGGCCUCAUCGUGGAAGGUGCCAACCUGUUCGUGACGCCUGAGGCGCGUCAGCUACUGUUCGACAACGCCGGCGUCGUCAUCGUCAAGGACAGUUCGGCCAACAAGUGUGGUGUGGUGUGCUCGUCGUACGAGAUCGUUGCCAGCAUGCUGCUCGAGACUGACGAGUUCCUUGCCGUCAAGGACGAGCUGGUCGUCGAGGUGGUGGACAAGCUGCGCUCCCUGGCCCGCGUCGAGGCUCAGCUGCUGUUCCGUGAGUACAAGAAGGACCCGUCGUCGGCCCUGCCGCCCGCCAGUGAGCGCAUCAGUCGCGCCAUCACCCGCGUGCACGAUGCCGUCCUGGCCCACUUCGACAACGUGUGCGAUGAGGACCAGCAGAUCCUGUUCACGCUGAUUGAGGAGCACCUACCGCCCAAGCUCCGCGAGUUGGCCCUGGACCGCGUGCACCAGAACGUGCCUCUGGCUUACAUCCGCUCCAUCGUGGCCUCGAGCCUGGCCAGUAAGAUCGUCUACCGUGAGGGUCUCCAGUUCACGGAGGCUCUUCCGGAGAGCAACCUGGGCAACAUGGCUCUGCAGUACCUCAAGCAGGAGAAGAAGGUGCAGCGUCUCGUGCAGGACGUGCGCUCGUCCUCGCUCGCUAACAAGGACGACAUCGCCGACCUCAUUGCUCGUGGUGGCGUCCGUGCCGGCAUGGACACCCCCAACUAAACUGUGCAUUAAUUAAACCCAUUCGUUAGAUGAGCAUGUGAUGAUGA